AUGGCACCUUGCCUACCUGAGGUUGUUUCCUUCCACCUGCAGUCCUUCACACAGCGAUUUUUUCGACUUUUCCUCCCAGGCGGCCCUCCAGGCUCCACCACGUCGUUCGUGCCUGAGCUUUUUAACCUUUUUUCCCUUUCCACCGCACAUACUUUCACGCGACACCGCCGCAGCAGCCACCAACCACACCUCGGUGCUCAUGGCCUCAAGGUUCAACGUUCCUCCUGCAUCCUCUCUCACCUCGCCUUUCUCCUACUGCUGAAUCGACACCCUUCCGACCUCUCCAGCCCAGCACCAGAGGAAAAUAAACUCCCGUCUCAGAGAUUUCUGACUUCUCCGAGUCGCCUCUUCCAUCUGCUGUCACAACGCACUCACUCACCCAUUCAUACCUUACUUGGUACUCAUUCCGCCGCCCAACCCCAUCGGAGAUUCCCCCGUGCCUGCAGCCUCUUUCUUUUGCGCCUGCUUCCUUCCUUCCAUUCCCACCCCGCCUUCCUGCCACUCUGGGUAUCUGCUCUUACUCUCUCGUUUGGACCCCCAAACAAACCAACCAACCCAGCCGUGCUUGCCUUGCCUCGCGCUUGCCUUGGCCCCUAA